AUUUCAUUCAACAUUUUCUCUCUUUUAGUUUUGUUCAGCACGUCGAUCGGGUAAGAAGUUGUGAAUUUUAUACGCGAUUGAUAGCGAGCGGUAUAGCAUUUUUAUUUGCAAGUGUUUUAUUGUAUAAACAUAUAUAUCGAACUGUGGUAAAGUGAUUGUUGGUGAUAUGUGCAUAUCUGCAGCAGCCUGUACCUGAACGAGUAAUUCUUGUUAUCGACUGGCACGAAAUUUCAUUAAAUUUUUUUAUUUUGGAUUUUUUUUCGUACACAUUCUCCUGAUGACGUGAAUCCUUGCUAUUCAUGGAAAUUUGCAAUAAAAUUUUUAAUAUAAUUAAAAAUUAUCAUUUAUUUUGAAAAUGGGAACGAAAUCGCCAGGCGCACCACAGCGCUGUCAUUAUAUAUUACAACACUGCUUGGCCAUUCAACUAAAUAAGCCCGGACAUGUGCCAGAAGACUUCUGGAUGUAUGAUUCCGGAUAUAUGAUUUUCCAGAAUUUCCUGGCAGCAAAUGCCCAGUGUUGGUGGAAUGGACCUUUAAUAGCAGCAACUAGAGCUCUUAAAUACGCUGGUCAUGUAGCCCCUGGCAUGCUACUGGUCACCGCCGAGCCAUGUGCCCUGGAAGUUUUACGUGGUGCAUUUUCUCGGAGUGUUUUAAAGCCGCCAGCAACCUAUGUCAUUAGCUCAGUUGGUGACAUAGAUGACUGUAUUGUAACACCAACAGUACAAGGACAAUUUACACCCUUACCGGAGGCUCUAUGUGACGUCAUAAUGGAUUUAACAUCACAGGGUCAUUCAGCUACGAUCGAAAAUAUGAAGGUUAACUUGUCUAUUAGAUUCUGUCAUAUGCAAUCCCCGACAUCGGAAAUGAUUUACGACAGUUUGGCACAGUUAAUGCAAGAGCGAAAGAUCUACCAAACAGCCAAGGGUUAUUUUAUCGUUACGCCGGAACGACGAAGAAGCCGAUCAAGACAAAAAGCCAAUCGAGAAGGAUCAUACGAUGGAAAUUACGACCAUUUAGAACCUGAACACUCGCGAACAUUACUAAUGUCUAACGCGGAAGCUGUCAAUAAUUUGUAUGGUGAAAUACUGACUGUCCGGGAUGGUGAUCGAACCCAUCAAUGUAUACAAACUAACUUAGCAGACGUCAUUUGCGGAGGAAAUCCAAACGACAGAGUGUUAUAUCCCCGUCCACUAAAACGAAGAAGUGCUUCGUUUCCCACACCUCGCAGCCUUGAACGAAGACACAGUUUACGAUUUUUCGGUUCCUCAAAGCGAUUACAACGAUGUGCCUCAACGAGAAGUCUAUCGAAAAACUAUGCGCAGACAUUAACAACUGAUAGUAGCAGUUCUGAAUAUCAAAGCACAGAUUCGUCGUCUCCAAAAAAAGCAUCACUACUUUCACGAUUGUUCCGAAGAAGUGGUCGAUCCAAGCCGCGACAAAUAGAAACGUUUUCAGACCAAUUCCCUCCGUCGGAAUGGUUUAACUCGAAAAUUGUUCAUUUACAUAGCAUUGGAACGCAGACGGUUGAUCAAACUAUGCCCGUUGCUCACACUCUAUCAAAUUCAAUAUUUUACGAUGGUUCCGAAUUGAGUCAACGCUCCCUAACACUUCCUAGACGUCACAGGCGUCACAUGUCUAGUGAAUCUGCAUUCGUAAUAUCAUCUAGAGAUUGUUCACCGAUUCGACGAGGAUCACCGGUAUACUGUAGUAGUAGUUUGCCGCGAUCGACGCAUUCCAUUCCAAAUACAUCGAAAACUCAGCGAACGAUUCCUAGUAAAUUCCUAUUGAACGAAAAUAAUCGAAUAAUUGCGGCACAAAGCAGUGAUGCAUUUACAAAUGCAAAAUCGACUCGAAUGGAAAAUAAACCGGUCGAUCGACAUUGUCGCAGUGUUAACAGUGGUCCAUCCAGCUUCGAAUCGGGAAAAGCUUCAUCAAUACUAUCGGGCCCAUCAAGCAUCGAUAGUGAGAAAGUUUCAUUCAGCCGUUCCAGUGGACAUUCUAGUCUAGAUUCUCAUACAUCAUCAACAGCCAGUACAACGACGGGAUAUCAAUCAAUGAACCGAUUGGUUCAUAUGAAAGGAUCACCGAAAUUUUCACCAAAGCAUCUAGCCAACAAAGCGAAACUAAGAAACGAGACAUUGAAUCGGAUAAAAACUUCCAAUGACCCAAAUCCACACAAUGACUCGGAUGGUAUGCCGGUUCUAGGAAAGCCACCCCGUUCUAAUGUGCCAAAUUCGAUAACACUGCAGGUUACCACUUCGAACGAAAAUCACAGUCCAAGCACAAAGAUUUACGUUCAAAAUUCACCGAUCAGAAGUGUAAUAACUCUAGAAAAUGGACAGCUGAACGAUAAUUCGAAAGUGUACAUCAUCAAUAACGAGACAACAACUAAUUCGAAUGGUGAAUUGAUCAAUCGCACCAUUUCGCACAACAACAGUCCCGUAAAGAUUGUUCAAUCCGACAAAGGUGAAAUGGCAUAUGAGACGGGUGAUUCAUUGUCUCUGAUUAGUGAUACGUCUCCAGAUUCUGAAAUGCUUCCGUCGAUAUCGUCCGUUAGUGAUGUUCCAGGCAAUACGAAAUUUAUAAAAAAUGUGAAUAACGACGUGACGAUGAACAACAGCAGGAAACUAUUGUUACAAGUUUCUCAUCCCGGCGACAACAUUGUUUACAAAAAUGUACUAAAAGAUGUGGAUUCAACUCCAUCGUCUCCCAUUAAAAGUAAAAAUUCUUUCAAUCUAGAAUCUCCGACUACCGAUGAAAGCUAUUACAAUCGGUCCGUAGGAAAUCUGGAAUGUUUGGAGAAGAACGAACGAACUAUGAUCUCAAAUUGCGAUCUGAAAACUCUGCAAUUUGAACCAUCCUCAAUGAAUUCAAAGUUAAAUUCAAAUCCGGCCAUCAACACUGAUUCACUAGCUCAUAUUCUGCAUAAAAACAUCAUUACUGUAGGCAGUGAACCAAAUCUCGCAUUUAAUAACAACGAAUAUAGACAGAAAUCAUCAGCCGACAAAUCCAUCGAAAAAGAACAGAUCAAGGAUCUUCGUCGCUUCAGCAUAGCCAAGGACAAUAUAGACGAAUCAUUCAGUUUUCCAAGUCUGAGUGAUUUGAGUUUCAAUUUCACAUCCGUCGCAGCCCAAAAAAUUCUGCAAGGGGUAAGUCUAAAUAGCAUCGAUACAUUGGUUGAACUAAAUAUGGCUCAAGAGAAGCAACAAAAGCAACAAAAUAAUGUUCCUUCAACAGUCGUCCAAACACCAGCUUUAUGUACAGAUUACGGAAUGAUAUAAAGACAAUAGUUUGAACUUCGAUUUCCUAUUUUGAAUGCAUUGAAGUUCAUUGAUUGAACAAGUUCUGCGUUUAAUUUAUUGUUAAACAACCACUCUUUGAUCAUUAUAUUACUAGAAUGAUCAUUUUGGCCUUUUUUUUAAAUUUAUUUCGUAAUUAUCCAUUCUGCUAUCACAGCAGUGACUUCAAAACCAUGUGGUAUUAUCACUGUUAUACAAACAGAAAUUGUUCUUGAUAGCUUGUGUAUGUGCAUAUCAGUUGCUGAUAAGAUCAUAAUUUGCGACCUACAUGUCACUACGAAGGUAGGCCAAAUUUUCGCGAUAAGACCCCAGGAAUUGAGUCAUUACUUCGUUGACAUGAGCAACCAAGAAGUGAGUAAAAUAGCUUAUGUAAUUGCUUUGAACUUUGUUUUUUCCCAUGUGUGGUUGCAUCUUCGCCUUCGGCUCGAGCUGCAAACGACACACUUGGCAAAUAACAAGUUCCAAACAAGGACGUAAUCUCGAGGGGUAACUCACUUCUAGAUUAAAUGGAUUAAAUGGAUUAAAUGGUAUUAA